AUGGCCGAAGUUGCCUGCAGCAACCAGACGCAGUGUCCAUCUGCAGCAGAUUUUAUCUUCGUGGGUGAACGCGGUCUCGAGCUUGCGCCCCCUGGCGAUUCCUCGGAUUACUCUGCCAGCCUGAUUCUAGCUGGAGCAGACGCCCUGCGCGAAAUAAGCUUUGACGACGACACGUUCAGUGCUCCUGUGGCCGAUUGCGUGCUGGGAGUCUGCGCAUGCUCCGACUCAUGGAACCCACUUGCGGCCGCUGAUUUCCAGAUCGUGCUUCCGAGUCCCAAAAAACGGGGCAAAGGUGUCGUGCUAAUGGCAGUGUCGCAUUCGGAAGAUGCUGAGGCCGCUGUCCGAAACAUUUGGGAGAAGCUCGAAGAGAGCGAGCAGCUGGCCAUGAAGAGAUCUCACGCCUACCGGACGGUGCGCGCACGAGGAGGGGCUGUGGCAGCAAUGGAGAAGAGCCACUACAACGUUGUGGCUUUCUUGAAGCUUGCAAGCAACGACUGCCUUCGAGCAUCGACCGAUGAAGCUUUGGUACAAGAAAUCGGCCGGCUGGCCAUGGAGUUAAGAGUGAAAGAGUGCGACAGUUGUCCAAUCUGCUUGGAAGCGAUUGCUGCGGAGGAUGCCGUAAUGAGGUGCAGCGGCGCAGGAGGAGGCUUACAUCAGCUACACCAUUAUUUUCAUGCAGAGUGCUUGCGUGAGUGGAUCCGGACAGCCUCCAACCCGAAGUGCCCCAUGUGUCGCAGCAACCUGCAGUUGAACGGUGCUCGCUUGGAGUGCUUCCUCGAAGGCACGGCCACACUCUCCGACGACGAACGAACUUAUCUCCAGGCAUUGCUGGACGGCGCCAAUGCUCGACAAGACUGGAGCGACAUGAGCUUCAUGGAGCGCACGGGCUAUGCUGGAAGCCUUGCAGCAUCUGCGUCCUUAGGAUUCGCGCAGGUUGUUUUCUUUCGAAGUGGCUGGACAAGCGGUGGCUUGGCCCCACGGCAAGACCUGCGUCUGGCCCAGCUAGCCGGAGCAGGAGCAGCAGUGGCUUUCCGCAUCUGGCGUGGAAGAUGA